AUGGAUUGUGGGCCACCUGCCACCCUCCAACCCCACCUUGCUGAGCCACCUCGCCCUCCUCGCCGCCCAGUGGCUGUGUGUCAGCAGGAAAGUCUGUCCUUUGUGGAGCUGCCCACUCUGCAGCCCCCAAGCCCUGUGUGUCUGGAUCUCUUUCCUGUUGCUUCAGAGGAGUUGCAGGCUCCCGGUAGCCGAUGGUCCUUGGGGACCCCUGCCCCUCUCCAAGGACUGCUAUGGCCACUGUCUCCAGAAGGUCCAGACACCGAGAUCUCCCCCAGUGGGGGGAUGCGACCCAGCAGGGCUGGCAGCUGGCCUCACUGUCCCAGUGCCCAGCCCCCAGCUCUAGAGGGACCCUGGAAUCCUCAGCACCUACAACCACAGCGCCGGGCCAGCCAUGGCUCGGAGAAGAAGUCAGCCUGGCGCAAGAUGCGGGUUUAUCAGCGUGAAGAGACCUCCAGCACCGAGGCCCAUGCUGUCUUCCUGGAGCCUGGCCAGGAUGAAAGGGCGCAGGCUCUGGGUCCAGAGGAGUCUAGGCCACUGGAGCUGUCCGGGCCCACCAGACUGGGCCUCGAGGGGCCUGAGCGGAGGCGCUUCUCAGCCUCUGAGCUCAUGAAUCGGCUGCACUCUUCCCUUCGCUUAGGGCGGAAUUCAGCCACCAGAGCUCUGGCUGCUGGGCCCAGCACCUGCCUAGCCCGGGAAGGGAAAGUGUCUGCAAGGGAGUCUCGUGGUGUCAAUGUGAGGGCCCCGGCGUCUGGUCUGAGCCCAGGUACCACCUCACUCUGGGGUUCAGGGCCCAAGCUGGUCAGGCGAAAAGCGCCCUAAUGAAGUCUUUUUCCCAGGUUGGAUUUACAGGAAGAGCCGGCUCUGGGCUAUAGGUGCUCCAGCGAGAGGCGCCAAUCUCGGUUCCUCCUUAACUCCAUCCUCUACCAGGAAUACAGCGACGUGGCCAGCGCCCGCGAGCUGCGGCGGCAGCAGCGCGAAGAGGAGGGCCCGGGAGAAGAGGCGGAGAGCGCGGAGGAGGGGCCCGGGCCGCCGCGCGCCAAUCUCUCCCCCAGCAGCUCCUUCCGGGCGCAGCGCUCGGCGCGCGGCUCCACCUUCUCGCUGUGGCAAGACAUCCCCGACGUGCGCGGCAGCGGCGUCCUAGCCACGCUAAGCUUGCGCGACUGUAAACUGCAGGAGGCCAAGUUUGAGCUGAUCACCUCCGAGGCCUCAUACAUCCACAGUCUGUCAGUGGCUGUGGGUCACUUCUUAGGUUCUGCCGAGCUGAGUGAGUGUCUGGGGGCACAAGACAAGCAGUGGUUGUUCUCCAAACUACCAGAAGUCAAGAGCACCAGCGAGAGGUUCCUGCAGCAGCUGGAGCAGCGUCUGGAGGCAGAUGUGCUGCGCUUCAGUGUGUGCGAUGUGGUCUUGCACCACUGCCCAGCCUUCCGCCGAGUCUACCUGCCCUAUGUCACCAACCAGGCCUACCAGGAGCGCACUUACCAGCGUCUGCUUCUGGAGAACCCCAAAUUCCCUGGCAUCCUGGCUCGCCUGGAGGAGUCUCCUGUGUGCCAGCGUCUGCCCCUUACCUCUUUCCUUAUACUGCCCUUCCAGAGGAUUACCCGCCUGAAAAUGCUGGUAGAGAACAUUCUGAAGCGGACGGCACAGGGCUCUGAAGAUGAAGACAUGGCCACCAAGGCCUUCAACGCACUUAAAGAGCUAGUGCAAGAAUGUAACGCCAGUGUGCAGUCCAUGAAGAGAACAGAGGAGCUCAUUCACCUCAGCAAGAAGAUCCACUUUGAGGGCAAGAUCUUCCCGCUGAUCUCUCAGGCUCGCUGGCUGGUUCGGCAUGGGGAGCUGGUGGAGCUGGCCCCACUGCCCGCAGCGCCCCCUGCCAAGCUGAAGCUGUCCAGCAAGGCAGUCUACCUACACCUCUUCAAUGAUUGCUUGCUGCUCUCCAGGAGGAAGGAACUGGGGAAGUUUGCUGUUUUCGUACAUGCCAAGAUGGCCGAGCUGCAGGUGAAGGACCUGAGUCUGAAGCUCCAGAGCAUCCCUGGACACGUGUUCCUGCUCCAGCUCUUCCAUGGGCAGCACACCAAGUCCCAGUUUCUGCUGAGGGCCCGGACUGAGAGUGAGAAACAGCGAUGGAUCUCAGCCAUGUGCCCCUCCAGCCCCCAGGAGGACAAUGAGGUCAUCAGCGAAGGGGAAGACCACCCCCAGGUUCAGUGUGUCAGGACAUACAAGGCACUCCAGCCAGACGAGCUGACCCUGGAGAAGACCGACAUCCUAGCAGUGAGGACCCAGACUAGUGACGGAUGGCUGGAAGGCGUCCGCCUGGCUGACGGUGAGAAGGGGUGGGUGCCCCAGGCGUAUGUGGAAGAGAUCAGCAGCCUCAGCGCUCGCCUCCGAAAUCUUCGAGAGAACAAGCGAAUCACAAGCGCCACCAGCAAACUGGGAGAGCCACCUGUCUGA